UUCACCUGUAGGCAGUCUGUUGUGAGCAGGAAGGUAGGUGGUACGUGCCAGCCAGCAGAGAAUCAUUUAGGGAUAUUUCUUCAUUCGUAGAAGAAAUUCAUGAGUUCUAGCGCAUUCUUUAGUGAACGUGACGUGGGCAGAGAAAGUUGUGACACAGAUGUCGCGUCCUCGAAAUCUGGGUGAAAUGAAAAGGCAAUAACCAAAAGAACUGAUACGCAGACUUCGAUAUGUCUGAGUAUUACGAUUUCUUCUGGGGCUCUGCUGAAACAAACAGGAAUUUCGAUGUAAACGUUGAAACAACUGACACACCAUUGUCACGCAGUGUUGCUUUAGAAAGUCUCAGGAGCUUAGUUCUUGCUCGUCCCGAUGCCGGCAGUCUACGAUUUGAUGAUGAAUUCCUAAUCCGAUUUCUGACAGCAAGGCAAAUGAAUGUUCCAGACGCCAUGCUGGUGUAUGACAACUACUACCGUUUCCUGCGUCGCAAUCACGAACUAAUGUCUGACUAUGGCGUUGACAAUGUCGAGGUCAAGCAAGCCUUGGAAGAUGGGCUACCUGGAAUGCUGCAGCAGCGAGAUCGUCGAGGACGUCGUAUCAUGGUUUUGUUUGCUGCUGAAUGGGAUCCAAGCAGAUACUCAGUCUCGACGAUCCAAAAGGCCAUUCACAUUUCACUUGAUCUGCUGCUACAGGAUUCAGUGGUUCAAGAUAGAGGCUUAGUUCUCAUUAUUGACUGGAGUCAAUUUUCCUUUCGCCAGUAUAGCAAACUCCAGCCUGCUGUCCUUCACUCCAUAGCUCACGGAUUGGAAUAUUGCUAUCCGGUGCGUUUCAAAUCGAUUCACUGCGUUGGACCUCCUUGGUACGUUGAAGCAGCGAUGUCGCUUCUGAAGCCAUUCUUGCGUGAAACCUCGAGGGCAAAGAUCAUCAGCUAUGGAAAUAACUUGUCUAUCUUGCAUCAAGCUGUAUCGCGAGAAAUUUUGCCAGCUGAACUCGGAGGCGAGCAAGGUCCAUAUCAAUCUUCUAUUUGGAUAGAUAAUCUCAGAAGAGGUCAACUUUGAAUAUGCUCAUCCCAUCAUCCUUUUUGAGGCUGUUGCCAUUUGGAAAAAAUUGAUUAUGAGAAGAAGGAUUUUCCUGUGCAUAACUGAUGCUUUCUGUCUGUUAUUGAAUUUGUAACUUGUCUUACCCAGAUACAUUUUUUUAUUGAUAUCA